CAAACGUGGCAAAGGUGUUGGCUCCGAGGGGGAAGAUGCCGGCGGUGAAAAGAGUCGGAAUGAUAAAGACAAAACGGAGCGAGCUGGUAAAAGCACCACCGACGAAACCCUGGAAGAAGAUGACGAAGAUCUCAAUACUGAUGAUGAGAUUCUGAAUGCAUCCAUCACCAUCAGCUCCAACUCGAACAUUUCGAUGAAUGCCGUAGUGACGGAGAAACUUCUCUAGCAUCAGGGGUCCGACGCCGGUAGUGAUGUGUUCAACAUGGCACCCGGUGUCCUGGCUACCACGGCCAAACACCUGCAGCAGUCGUCCCUCCCACCGCCACCUCCCGUUCCGCCGGGCCAUCCGGAGGCCGCAUCCUCGGGCGUCAUCCCACUGUCAGCUGCUUCCGAAACCAACAGUAACGAUACCAAAGCCAUGGUACACAUCAACGGUGUAGCAGUGGACCAUUUCCAGCAAAACUCCGACCAGACGCAGGUGGCCACUACUGCCAACAACGUUCCAUGUGACAACAGUGACAUCCAAGGAUUCAUCUCGUACUCCAGCGACAGCAGCAUGAUCGAGUUGAACCUCAAAUUUAGGAAGUGCGCAUGCAACGAGAAUAUCAUCAACAUUUCCAAAGAAAAUCUUCAACAACGAAAUGAAGCAGAAGCCGUAGACGAUGAUGUAACACGGAGGAGAGAAAUUGCCACUCCCGCCAUCCCCGCCGCCGCCCCCGCCACAACAACAUUCAGCAAAGAAGGUAAAAGUAAGAAAUUACUACAGUUAAACAAAGACAACUUAAACAGUUUAGUCAAUAAACUGAACGACUUGAAUAGCUCAUCCUCAUCGUGUACAAAGUGUAGAUUAUCGUUAGAUAUAAACAAUAUUUUAAAUCAGAUCGUUAGCGAUCGGAAGCUUCAGCUGGAAGCCAAAUCAGAUCAGACAAAAUCAGAGUUACGAUUUUCAGCUGAUGGCUGCAAAUCGGGUAACGUAGAUUUGGAAGAGUGCAAUCGAACGUUGAAGGUGGUUGACCGGUUUGAUGGCAGCCCUUCAAAGGCUGCCAGCUGGUCUCCCCUUAUUCCCUCUCCGGUUUCUCCCUCUCCCUAUCCUUCUCCCUGUGUCUCCUUGAUCGAUGAUCCUGCCAGGCUUCAGCGCCGUCACAGCGAAAAUGUCGAACGGAGAUCGAUCGGAAUUCAGCACGGUCUUCGAUCCGGGGGCUACCGCAAAAAGCCACAGCUGCGCAAAGGUAAAACUCAGGUCGAAGAAAUCAUUAUAAUUUCGGACGAAUUCCGGCGCCAAUCGUUGUCGGACCAGCGGGUGAAGGUCCAGAAAGCCAAGAAAUAUUCCCAAUCGAUGGAAAGCAUCACUGAUCAAACCGUGGCGGAUCCACUUUCGAAGGAUAAGUCCAAACAGCAGGUGGGUGUGGUUGAAUGUCUGCAUCUAGAAGACGAUACCCUGACCAUUGUUGUCGAUCCUGGAAAACCGCCAACAAACGGACACUCCAGGUCCAAAUCCAAAUCUGUUGACGACAUUUCCCUCGGUUCAAAUCACGCAGAAGAAGAAUUCGCGAAACCGCCCAUCAGUCCUGCCACAAUCAACGCCGCCGAUAGCGUUGAACUGGUCUUCAUUUCCCAGGAAUUCGUUCAGCGCAAAUCAAAAACCAGCUCCGAUAUCAUAAUCGUAGACGGUACCCACAAAAGCUUCCGCCGUAGGAAAUCUUCCAGUUCCAAACCUCCCCCGGAAUUGCUACUGGACCCCAAGGGGGGACCACGCCGUUCCAAAAGCUCAACCCGGGGAGGAUCGCUCAAGGGCCCGGCCAAGGAUCCCCGCCGCAAGACAACGAUCUCCAACUCGAACAGUUUCCUCACCUACGAGGAACCAUUUUCGCCGGAGACGCUCGAGAACAAGGACAUUGGCACCAUGUUUGCCGAGGCUAGUGCGGCAGCAGCUGGUGCUGCCAAUGCCGAUCCGACAUCUCCUGCUGCUGCCCCGGUCCAGACACCCGAUCCCUCUGUUUAAAAAUCUUUCGGUACCCACCUACCGAACUGAGUUCGUUCGAACGCACACAUCCUCCUGUAGCAUUUUGAUUUUUCUUCUUGUUAAUGGUUGUCUUUUGUUCUCAAGGCUGUGUGUAGAAUUGUUGUCGGAAAAGAACUUCCUGAAAAGGGUUUCGUUAAAAUCGAGAUUUUAUGACCAGUGAUUUUACUAUCACGAAAAAAACCUUAAAGAAAGGUUUUCGUUAGUAGUUUUGAGCUUACGAUUUUAACUUUUAUUUUUUAUAACCUCUUAGCUUGAAUCUGCUUGAUUCUAGGUAGUGAAGUCUCGCAUUUCUGUACUCCACAACUGUUUUAAAUUUUUUAAUUUUUAUUUUAAAUUAGGUUUUUUGUUAACUUGACUCGUGAUUGUUGAAUCUGGACUGACGAUUCUGUAAUUGUAAUUCUUGAUUCUUGAUUCUUGAAAUUUGUUUUUGAAAUUCUUGAUUAUUGCUUCUUCGUUCUUAAUUCUUGAUUCUUGAUUCCAGAUUCUUGAUAAGGUACACCGGGGUAAGUGUGGACGGUUUUUUGUAUAGUUCAACUUUAAAAAAUCAUAAUAAAAUCAGCAGUUGAUCAAUUUUGAUGAAAUGGCGUUCAAUGUGAUGCAGAACAUGUGUUUAACAAACGCUGAAGAGAUGAGCUUGAAAGAAGCAAAGCGAAAAAAGUUAUCAAGUAAAUUGUUAUGGACUGCUGGUGUCUUCACUUAUCCCGCUUUAUGGGGUAAGUGUGGACGGUAGAUUUUACCUAUGAUUUUUCAGGAAAUUUUCAACAAAUUUGUGUAUUCUUGGUUGAAUACGUUACUUUAUUGCUCGAACCGUCCAAAAUUAUAUUAAUUAUAUAGUUUUCAUAGCCAUCGUCCACAUUU